AUGCGUUCAAGUUCGGUCUUGGCAAUUGUUGUUGUAUUAUUGGUUUGCUUGUUCAAACACGGAAAUUCGGUACCAGUGGAAAUGGAAACAACAACAGCCAUGACAACUGAGUUUACAGCAACGGAAAGUUCAAGAAAAGAUAUCGUGUUUAAUUCAACAGAAGGUGAAAUGGAAAAGCCUAGAUAUCCUCAUGAUGGAUAUUGUGGCCAUUUAGAGGAGGCAUGCAGUGAUGAACGUCGGUGUUGCCCUGACUUUGAAUGUUAUCACAGCGAAGGUCGAUGUAUUUAUUUAAUGCAGUGA